AUAUCUUCCUCGAUGGCACCCUGUCACACGCCGUUCAUCGCCAUUCGAUAGCCUGCAGGCAGAGUCCUACGGCGGACAGACUCGUUUUACCUCAACUUGUCGGAGAUACACCUUUGAUCGACCAGACAUUCAUCGCCCUUGCACUGAGCUGCCGCACAGCUCCCAUCUCACAUGUCACGAUCGGCUUUUCCCGCCGCACCCUCCCCCACGCCUGUCCCUCUUCCCUCAUCAUCUUCUCCGAAUCCACGACCCGCCGCGCAAUCGCCAUCAGGAGUAUCCUACGAGUCCAUCUCGCCCUCUGAUCGAUCAGUCUUUGAACGCAAAGUCCGACGGUAUGAGGAUUGGACAACGGAUGUCACUCGCCAAGGUGGUCUUCGACCAAGCGAAAGCUCAUACGGACGUUUCGCAGGCGUAGGCAGUGCAAGCUGGUCGAGCUUGCCUACAGUCAAAGCGCUUAGCCGGGAUGGUACAGAACCUUCCACCAUUGUGCACCAGCGUAACAGGGCAAAUGAGGCAUUGAGGAAUCCGCACGGACAUGAUCGAUCGCUAGUAGAUGAUAUUGGUGUAGGCUCUCCAGGAUUAGGAGGCCACCAACCAAUGCGAAAGCCCAAGGUGCACCAAGCAGGACUCAGCGCCGAGCCCGAUUCUCGACCGACGGAGAAUCACCACUCAGCCCCGCGCCAGCCCUCCCGAGCAACGAUGAGACAGCAUCUUCCAACUCCAUACCUCGCUAAGGCCCCGUCACCUCCCCGAAGAGACCAGGUCCCUGAUGUUUUGAACGCUUAUCAGCCUGGAGAAACUCACACCCAUCUUAGAAUCCCUUCAGCAUCGCCUGGUGACCAUCGCUCGUCAGGACAUUCGUCCCGUUCAGCCUAUCGCGAGCGAGAAGCAUAUAUCUCCUCUGCCCUUCAUCUUCCGAUUGAGAUGCUCUCUGAGACCCAGCCAGGGGCUCAUUCCUGGAAGGGUCCCAAGGAAACCGUCAAGCGAUGGACGAGUCUGAUUCGGAAGACCUCACUGCGGAAUGAAGGGCAAACAACGAACCGACCAAAGCGAAUUCUCUCUGGUCCUGAAGCCUUCCGACCGAUAGAUCGGAACAAUGGGAAGAGUGCAGCGCGAGAGUUAUCUCGGCGCGCAGAAAUUGCAUCCAGUAAGGCUCUGGGCCGCAGUCAGACCAUUCCUGCUACCCUUGCCCGGGACAAACCGAAUAUCGACGAGGCGAAGCAAUCAUCGACAUCUCUACCAGCUCGGAACAAGUCAUCACUGAUGUCGCGAGACUCACCCCGGAAGGCUGUGCCGGCAUUGUUCCCAGAGGUCAGAAUUGGGGAAUCACCUACCUCUCAAAAUCCAGAUCGUACUCCAGGCAACGCUGGAAGAAUGAAUGAGGGCAUACCUGACCAUGGACAGCUUGAGGAGCAUCCCAAACUACCGAGAGAUCCCACUCAGCGACACCUGGCCGUUCCGGGCGUUACCACAUCUGUGCGAGCGCUGGGCAGCGCAAAGUCCGGUCAAUCGACUCGCUCAAGUUCGCGGCUGAAUCGAGACCAGCUACACGCGUUGCAUGCGGAUGACCCAGCAUCGCAAGCCAACAGACUCCGACCCGAGCGAUUGCCUCCUCCCCUACCUGCUCCGGCCCUAUCUCGAUCCUUUUCAUCCACUGAUGGACUGACGAAGACUCUUGGACGACGGUUCCGCGACCCAUCCUUGACGAAUCUCACCGCGAGGUUCGAGCCCAAUAUGUAUCCUCUCCCUGACAGUGCGCCAACAGGAGACGAGAGAGCGCUCUCGCCGGUCAAAUCUACUCUCAGACAGCGCCUUGAUCGUGCAACAGUGCCGGACAGACGACGUCAAGAUAAGCCAUCCGACGAAGAAGCUCGACUUGAAUCAACGAGGCCAUUUAUAUCUGAAUCUGCAGCUCGUCAAACCCAGACUACCGCUCCGGUCACAGUCACUCCUGGCCUGAUGCACCUGCAACCGCAGAGUACCCUAGACUCCAGACUGCUCAGCGUGACUAGUCCACGUUCUCCGACGUCGAGAGGAUCCAGUCCAACCCCUCUAGAACACCGUCAAGAUGUCCAACACGUUCAGUUCUCCUCUCCAGCAAGGACCGCACACCGAAACGAUGCAGAGGAAGUGCAUUUCGAGGUCCCAUCGCGCACGAAUGGUCGACUUCGUGUUUCGGUCGCUUGGCUCAGAGAUCGCGAUGGUCAGCGAGAGAUCGCCACCGACAAUGAUACAGAAUCCUUGACACCACCAUCUCUGCCGCCCAAGGCAUCGGCCCAUGCUGCUGGAACGGCCAAACGGGAGGCGCCGAGAUCACCCAGUACACCGGUGCCUGUCUUUUCGCCUGGUCCUGAUUUUGCCACGGGAUACCCGACAUCAGCGCCUGGGUCACCCAUUCCACUAGGUCAGAACCACGGAUAUCCAUACUGGAACGACGGUCGAAUAGCACACUAUCCCCCCUCUAGAUUGCCGCAAACGUUUCCUUGGAAUCCCGUCCAAAUGCCUAUGACUUAUCCACAGCCUGGCCGAUUAUAUCCACAUUGGCUAUCAACUGGCCACAUCCCAUCUCACCCACAUCCGAGAGCACCGUCGCCUCCUCGACCGCCAAGCAUUGAUCCACCUUCCAGUCGCGGCUCGCCUGUAGCUCAUAAUGCUGAGCUCCCGCUCAGCUAUGGUGUCACAGGCCAGACUACCUUGUCGCCCGACCGAGCGUGGUAUCCUCCUCCUCCACUGCCGUCGCCGACUCAUCAGAAUAACAAUCUCUUGGCAAGUUUGUCCGGCAGGACCAGGUCGUCAAUGUUCGGAAAGUUGUUUCGGCGCGACCAGAGGCGAGAUCAAGAUACGAGCACGAUCAAUCGAUGGAGGAAGGGGGUUCCAUUGCAUUCACCUCCUCCCGCAGCUUCGACAACUUUUGGCGGUAGAGAUCCGGUUUCUGUGCGGGUUUACCCGCACCAGCUGGGCUAUCGUCAACCUGUUUCUCGACCUGCUUGGUGGAAUCGACCUUCAAAGACGGCUUGGACAAGUGAACGGCCCAAUCAGGUCGACCGUGAGUACGCCCAGGAUCGCGAUCGCGAAGGGAAACUUCAAAACAAGAUGAAGCGAGGAGACAAUAGGGGCAUCUGGGGCCUCUUCAGCGGGAGUAUCGACCGUAAUUAUCUUGAAAGAGACUCAGGAAGACAUCAUACUGCUUCGCGACGGGGUGGAGUUUCGCACGACAACACUGACGGUAGAGAGGGACCAUGCCUAGCUCCUAAUGGUUCUCAACAAGGACGCCGGCUAGGGAUGGCGCAGAGGUUUUCUGGCAGAUGGAAUGGAAACAUUGGUCGUCCGCAGAAUCAGCUGAACCAGACUACGUCUAGUGGUGAAGAUUAUAACCGGGAUCAAAGACUGCGGGUCAAGCAACGGCGCAGGGAGAAGAAGCGAGAGAGACGCGAAGCUAGGGAAAAGAGGCGAAAAGCUAGGGUUGAGGAUGGGCCUCGUAGGAUGAGAGGAGAUCGGGGAUUCUUUGGUGCUAGGACCAGAGAAGCCACUCCAGGCGGUCGACCACCUGCGCUUUUGUCCCGGCAAAAGUCCACUCUAGGCAGAGAGAGAAGAGAGGAAUUUGGUAGAGGCAGGGAGGAUACGCGUAUGGUGGGAGAUUGGAAACGGGCACUAAGCACGUUCUUGCCUCGGUCGCGGCGGGGGGCCGAACGACGACAUCAAGGCGAGGCUCGAUAAAGCUCGGUGCAGAGGUCGACAGGAAAUGCAUAUCAU